AUGGCCGCCUCCUCCGCGCGGCCCGCCGGCCUGCUCACGCCGGCGCUGGCGCUGCUCCUGCUGCUGUGCGUGGGCCCAGGUGGCAUAAGUGGAAACAAACUCAAGCUGACGCUUCAGAAAGGGGAGGCCCCUGCUCCCCCUACGACCCCGGUGGCCGUCCAGGAGAGCAGAGCCAAGGAGUUCCAGCAGCACUUCCUGUACUGGGGCUUCGACGAGGCGAAAUUUGAGGAUGACAUCACCUACUGGCUAAACAGAGGUCGGAAUGGGCACGACUACUACGAUUCCCACCAGCGCCACGGCGAUGAGGACGCUGCGAUCGGUCCCCGGAGCCCCCAUGGCUUCAGGCACGGAGCCAGCGUCAACUACCACGACUACUGACCGUCACUGAGGCGGGCUCGGGGCCGCGGGCUCCGCACGAUGCCCGGGCUGUGUCUGCUGCGCCUGGUCUCGGCUCAUCUUUCCUACCCGCUUUCUGUGGCCACAAAGGAAGAGUUAAAGCAAAGAACGUAAAUGCCUUUCGAGAUUUCAUGCAAGUACCUAACAAUGCACUUCAUUUGA